AGUCCCGGCGCGCUGCCGCCGCGUGGAGCCGCGCUGCGUGUUCCCGAUCCCAUAUCCCCGAUCCCAUAUCCCCGAUCCCCGUUCCCGGCUCCCUCCGCCGCCCCGAGCCGUGCCCCCGCUGCGGGCCGGCGGCGCGGGGAUGGGCGCGGGGCUGUGAGCGCGGCCGGGAGCCGUGGCCAUGGGGAACAUCUCCUCUAACAUCUCCGCCUUCCAGUCCCUGCACAUCGUCAUGCUGGGCCUGGAUUCGGCGGGCAAGACCACGGUGCUCUACCGCCUCAAGUUCAACGAGUUCGUCAACACCGUGCCCACCAUCGGCUUCAACACGGAGAAGAUCCGGCUCAGCAACGGGACGGCCAAGGGCAUCAGCUGCCACUUCUGGGACGUGGGCGGCCAGGAGAAGCUGCGCCCGCUCUGGAAGUCCUACAGCCGCUGCACCGAUGGCAUCAUCUACGUGGUGGACUCAGUGGACGUGGACCGGCUGGAGGAAGCCAAAACGGAGCUGCACAAGGUGACCAAGUUCGCGGAGAACCAGGGCACCCCGCUGCUGGUCAUCGCCAACAAGCAGGACCUGCCCAAAUCGCUGCCGGUGGCCGAGAUCGAGAAGCAGCUGGCCCUCCACGAGCUGACCCCUUCCACCACCUACCACAUCCAGCCCGCCUGCGCCAUCAUCGGCGAGGGGCUGACGGAGGGCAUGGACAAGCUCUACGAGAUGAUCCUCAAGCGCAGGAAGUCCCUCAAGCAGAAGAAGAAGCGGUAGAAGCCCAGCCGAGGCGGGGAGGGAUGGGGGAGCAGACAAAGGAACCGAGGGGGAGACAGAACCAAAGCGAUUCUUUUGGGUUUAAUAGUUCUUUUUUUUUUUUUUUUUUUUUCCUCUUCAUUUUUUUUCCUCCUUCCCCAAAGGACAGACAAUAGUGGUGAUAACAAAGCGGCUCCCGCCAGCCGAGCCCAGAUCCCGGAGCUCCCCUCUCCCACCGCCCCGUGCUCCUGAGGGUCUGAUCAGGACUCUCCUUGGGCUGGAAACACGGAAAAACCGGGAUGAAUCCCCCCGGGAUGAAUCCCCCCUCUCCAUCUCCGGGACCACCGAGCCUUUGUGUGCCGGGGAACCAGCAGGGCAGGACCCUGUUGAAGCGCGUUCGAGCGGAGCCCAGCGUGCUUUUGGAUCUUUAACGAGGGCAUUUGGGGGCGUCGAUGCCAGCCCCCCACAUGCCUUUUGGGGCGGGGGGUCGGUGCUGCGGGGGAUGUGGAUGCACCGUGGCUCGGCAAGGUCAGCGGGGAGGAGGCUUGCAGCCCUCAUCCCUGCAUCCCUGGAUCCCUCCCCCGCGGGUGGCGGUGGGAAGGGGUGUUGAAAGCUUGGGUGGGGGGGUUGGACCAGCAGAAAAUGUCUUGGAGAGGUGGGUGUGAUGGGUAAGGGGACAUCCCCCACCCUGGCUGGUGUUUUGGGGUGCAGAGCAAGGACGGGCAGUCUUUGGCUUGGGGGGGAGGAUGCGACACUGGGGUGCUAAGCAGCUGCUGAAUGGUGCAGAGUUUGAAGCUCUUGGCUCAAAAAAACGGUGAAAAAAAGAAAAAGAAUGCCGAAGGGUUUGGGGUGAACGCUGCUGGGAGCGUCGGGGGGGUUGUGCAGCACCCCCGUUUCUCCGAGGCUCGGCGGUGUCACCCUCUGCAGCAAAGCCCGCCGCAGGUGUGCAUUGUCCCCGUGCUCAGGGUGCUCACAGGUGCGGCUUUGGAGGUGAUCCAAACUAGGGGUUACUUAGCAAAACCCCCCAAAAAAGGCAGAGUUUGGGGUUCUGGCCACUGUGCUGCUCUGCAGUGGGGCAGGAGGCCAAGUCAGGGAGGGUCAUGGCAGGGCAGGAUGGAUGGAUGGACACACAGAGAUGGCCAGAGCCUGCAAAAAAUCUCUGCUGGAAAGGGAAAAUGGCAGGGGGUGAAGAGGUGUGGGGGGGGUUGUGGUAGGUUUCUAAUAAAGAUUCAAACCCGAUUAAAAGCCCCUCGCUUCCCCCGGUAGCCACAGGGGCAAGUUGUGCCUGCAGAGCAGCCUGAGCCGGGCAGGGCCAGGCCUGGCCGCCUCCUCCUGCGGGUGAACAUUUCAUACCUGCGUGGGGCUGGGGACCAAAAUCCACUUGCUGUCUGUGUUUCAGCCUGGGAUCCAGCUCUCUGGGGUCUUGGCUUCCCACAGAGCUGAAGCAGGCAGCCCUCAGGAGCCAAAUGUGCUGAAUUUGGAGGCAGGCAGGAUUCUCUGGUGAUUUUACACCGGCUUUCCCGUUUGCAAACCCCUUCUCAGAGCAGCCAGGGGGGAAGCACCAAGCAGACAAAAGCAAAAUGCCCUUCGGGUUUUGGGGAGAUACCUUCCCCUUGCAGCGAGGAGCACCUUUCAAACAGCAUUUUUGGGGGGCGGGGUGGGGGGUUUGUAAGGGAACAAAUGUUGCAGCCGAGUUGUUUCUUCUCCUCUUGUGGGGUUUGAGUUCCCGAUCUGUGUGGGCUGGUCCCAUCCCUUCAGGUGGCUCCCUCGGGUUUCCCUGCUUUGUCUUCACCUCCAACACUUUGGUACUUGCUGUUGAGAGAGACAGAGAGAGAGAAAAAAGAAUUAUUUAUUUUUGAUGCCACAGAAGCCACAUGUAUUAACCCAUUUUUGGGAGAGCGACCUGUUUGAAAUGUAGAAGCUGUGUUGACCCCAGCAGCUCCAGGGUGAUCAGGUUUUAGGAAUGACACUGUUGGUGGUGGGUUUUUUUACCUCCUGGCUGGUCUCGGUUUAGCAAAUGGACAGGCUGUUUUUAUGGAGCUGGGUCCUUCCUGGAUUCCACCCAGCUGAGCAUCCCUUUGGAGAGAUGGCAGAGGGCUGGGAAGUUCGGGUGGGACGCCGUGCCCAUGCCCUUGCCAGCCACUCUGCUUUCUGCAAUAAUUAAAAAGACUUUUCCAACCAGUAGCUCUUGGCUUCCGUGGUGUUUCCGUAAUGUUCCACCCGCUUUUCCCGCCGUGAGAAGAUGAGCGUCGCCCUCGGUGGGCUGCGAGAAGAGGGCCCUCGGCAGAGCAGCCCCCAAGGGGAACUGUCUGGGCUCUUUGCAAGGCUGUGCAUCUUCUCAGAUUCUGGAUGACCUGGGUUUUUUGGCAGGUCUCGUUCCCCCAGGUCCAUUCCCCAUGUUCCCAUCCCGUGUCCUGCCCUCGCCAUUGUCCGUCAGUCUCUGUUCCUCCCGUCUUCCCUUUUUUUUUUUUCAGUUUUUUUUUCUUU